AUGUCUCGAGCUGACGAAGAGCAGGCUGACAAAGGAGAGGUCGAAAAAUCACAGUCUGACGAAUUCCAGACCGACCAGACCGACGAAUCGCAGUCCGACGUAUCACAGACCGACGGAUCACAUGCCGACGAAGCACAUGCCGACGAAGCACAUCUCGAGCGCGAGAGGGCGAGCGGGAACAAGCUCUGGAGCGUCUACAUCUCUGAGGCGCAAAACUACGAUCAGGGUCUGAUCGAAGGCUGGCGCAGUGAGAUGGAUGGUCUGCUGAUCUUUGCUGGUCUCUUCUCGGGAGUCGUCACCACGUUCAUUAUUGACAGCUACAAGACGCUGAAUCCCGACUCGGGCAGCCAGACUGUCGUGCUGCUCAGCCAGACCGUUGCACUCCUCAGCCAGAUAUCGCACCAGCUGGCGAACAUGGACAACGGCACAGCGGUGACGGACGCACUCCCUCCCGCCGCUCCCUUCUCGCCCCCGAUCUCGUCUAUCAUAUGCAACGUACCGUGGUUCACCAGCCUCGCGCUGAGCUUGUCGAGUGCCCUCGUCGCGACACUCGUCAAGCAGUGGGCCCGGGAGUACCAGCACCGGACUACCAUGUUCUCCUCCAUCUCGAUCCGGUCGCGCGUGUACAUGUAUCUUUACUACGGCUUGCGCCGCUUCAAUAUGCAUCUCGUUGUUGGGAUUCCCCCGCUUCUCCUGCACGCGUCGCUGGUUCUGUUCUUUGCGGGUCUGGUGGCCUUUCUGGUGCCCGUCAACGUCAUCAUCUUCGCCGUGUUGAUCAAAUAUCAUCUGUCAAGAUGGAUGUCGUGA